GCUGCUCGUCUCUCUUUUUAUUCGAAAAAUUCGCAGACGUUAUUUCCGUUGCGUCGCCGCGUGCGCAUAUCAUAGGUAUGGAGCAGAGUCGCAGCCGUCAGCGAUAACGUCACAUUUUUCCUGCAGCACACACACCUAUAUUAUACACACUUAUUGCCCCGCGCUGCGUUCGGCGUUGGAUCACCUCCAAACUCUGCAAAUAAUAUACACACAGUCGCACGUUCUCGCGGCGAGCAGCUCCAGUUGAUUGUGUGUCCGAGCAGGCGAGGCGUGCGCGCGCGCUCUCUCCGAAGCGUCUCUUUCUCUCUUUCUCUGUGUGUGUCACUUUCUGCAACUGUGUCCGUGUGUACAUACACGCGGAUCACUGUGCUUGUAUACAGUGUGUAUAAACGAACACACACAUUUACACAGAAUUCGCUCAUCGCACCGAGUCCCUGCCCCGCGGAUCGAUUGCUGCUGCCGCUGCUGCUGCUGCAGUUGACUCGAAUUCGUACGUGCGUGCACGUUCAGCUAUCGUCUGCUCGCAAAAAAAAGGGGGAAUUGGAAAAGCUCCGCGCUCUCUCGCUGCUCGGCCGAUGCUGUUGCUGAUGCUCCCGAGUCCGCUCCGAGUUGUGUCGCGUCUUUUCUUCGCCUCUUCUCGUUCUUCUUGUGCUGUGUGGGCUCUAAAAUUGGCACACGCGCCGAUCGCCUUCGUGUGCACACGUGCAGAAACGGACUAUAACUAGUUCAUACACGCCAUCUUGAUCUCUCUACGAAAUUAUAUACGGAAUAUCGUCGCACGGAAAAUACGCACAGGAAAUAGCAACGCCGACUACGUCGUCACACCGAUACAUUUCUUAUCUAUCGUCUAAGGCCAUUUUCAGCCUGUGGCUGCAUAAUAUAACAUUACGCGCACAGUGAGCGUGUGCUGUCAAGUGAGUUGCUCCGCUUUUACAAGAGAAAAUCCUCCAUUCCUGUCAGAGCAUCUUGUCAACUAAAGCAGGAAAAUUGACAACAUCACAAUUACAUCCCGGGAUGAGCAAAUUUGAGCGAGAAGUUAUUGAUUCAAAGAUUGGUUGGAGAAAACUUGCAGAUCCUGGUGACUGACAAGACAUCAGUCACGCUCCAAACAGCACAGGGCGAUAGCAUUGGCUAUAAACAAAUGUCAAGCUGUAAUUAUGUGCUUAUAGUUGAACAAAGACUCACAGAAAAAGACUUCAAGAUGACACUCAACUGGUAUCGGUAGCAGAAGAGUUUACUUUUUCUUGAGUUCCUAAUUCAUUUGAUUCAACAUUGGAGCAUUUGGCAUAAAAUUGUAUAUUUAUACAUUACUACUAGACUUUGAUGAUUAAGAAUAGAUUACAUACUGUGUAUGUUAAUCAGCAUUUGAAAAAUCAAACCAAAGAUAUACAUUUAUUAUUAAUUUAGUCAAUGUUUCAUAUGCUAAAUACAUAUAAACGUAUAGGUAUCGACAAAUAAGUAUAUAAUCUAAAGUAGCUAAUAGUUAAGAAUAAGGAUAAGGAAAGAAUUUUGCAAGUUUUGAAGAGGUGAAACAGUGCUUAAAAAUGCCAGCCACUCCGAAUAACCUUUCUUUGAAUUUCACUAAGAGUAACUAUAACGUUUUUGGUACCAAAAUCAAUAACGCUAGUGUGGAGCAACAACAAGAGCAGAAAACAGAACUUUUAGAGGGUACUCGAGGCAACGGCCUACCCCAUUUGAAAAAUGGAGUGGAUUAUGUUAAUCCUGGUGAGGAGGACCAGAUGGAAAUCUAUGGGUAUAAGAGAAACAAAGCAUAUACUGCCAUUACUUGGUUCCUAAUACUUGUCUCAGGUGGACUAUUAAGACUUGUCUUUCAUUGGGUGCCACAACUCAUGUUAUACGCUACCCAUUCUAAAUGUCCAGUUGAGGAAGCAGAAACUGUAUUGCUCAAAGAACAAUUCCAAGGCAAGCACUCAAUUUAUCACGUUAAGAAAAUUAAAACAGUACUCGCGCAAGAUAUCUGGAAAAAUUGCCGCAGCGAGACUAUCGAGGAACUAGCGGAACUGCCGACUAAAUUGAAUGAUUCGCGAUCCGAAAUCGCUAUAUCAAUUGAGCCAGAGCAAGAUGAAGAACAAACGCCGAUGCCUAUGUCGUUUCACUUGUCUGGAGGUCACUUUAAAGAGGUACCAUGGAUGUACGCGUUCACGUGCAAAAAGCUCACCUACAUCUGGGAAGCGGAUCGCGGCGAAUACAUGAAAUUGCGCGGCCUCGACACCGGAGUGGUCACGUCGAGCCUGCAUCAAAUGAGCGGCCUGAGCGCCGCUCAGCAAUUCAUGCGUCGUGGCGUUUACGGCGCCAACGAAAUCGUCGUGCCCGUCUCGUCCCUCUUGACGUUGAUCCUCCUCGAAGUACUGAAUCCAUUCUACGUCUUCCAGAUUUUCAGCUUUGCCCUUUGGAUCUCCGAUAAUUACAUUUACUACGCUUUGGUCAUUCUGUCGAUGUCGGUAUGCGGCGUCAUUAUGGCCUCCGUGCAGACUCGACGAAAUCAACGCAAUCUCAGCUCGACGGUCAGCUCGUCGGACGUCGUUACGGUACUUCGAGAUCGAGCCACGGACAAAACGAUGACCAUUCCGGCGAAGAAUCUCGUACCCGGCGACAUACUCGUGAUUCCGUCUUACGGCUGCGUGCUGCCCUGCGACGCAGUGCUCAUCACGGGCAACUGCAUUCUCAACGAGUCCAUGCUCACCGGUGAGUCGGUGCCCGUCACCAAGACGCCCAUACCGGCCGCCAACGACGUCAUUUACGACGGCAAGGAGCACGCUCGACACACGCUCUACUGCGGUACAAAAGUUCUGCAAACGAGAUACUUCGGUACCGAGAAAGUUCUGGCUGUGGUAAUUCGCACUGGCUACAACACGAGCAAAGGCGGACUCGUCCGUUCGAUCAUGUACCCACCCCCGGUGGACUUUAAAUUCGAGCAGGACUCCUACAAAUUCGUCAUUGGGCUUGCCUGCAUCGCCGUCGUGGGUGCCAUUUAUACUGUCAUUAGCAAGGUAAUGAACGAGGAGUCGCCGCGGGAUAUUGCACUCGAGGCUCUUGAUCUCAUCACUAUUGUCGUGCCGCCCGCUUUGCCUGCCGCUAUGACCGUCGGUCGAUUAGUGGCGCAGAGUCGAUUGAAGAAAUUCAAGAUCUUCUGCACGAGUCCACGAGCUAUUAACGUCUCGGGCUCCAUUGACUGUGUAUGCUUCGAUAAGACCGGCACCUUGACCGAGGACGGCCUUGACAUGUGGGGUGUCGUUUCCGUGACUACGAAAAAGUUCCAGUUACCGUGUAAGGAAAUCACCAGCCUUCCGUUAAGCGAAGUACUCAUUGGCAUGGUAACGUGUCAUUCGAUCACCAUAAUCGACGGUCAGCUGAUCGGCGAUCCCCUGGAUCUGAAAAUGUUCGAGUCCACCGGAUGGAUACUGGAGGAGCCCAAUGUGUCCGACACCUCGAAAUUUUCCAUGCUCUUCCCGACGGUCGUGAGGCCACCGGACAACUCCAGCAUCACCAUGAAGAAUCUCCUCAAGAGCCACGACAGCGAGGAUCACGGUGGCGACGAGAGCUUGACGACGUCCCUCGCGACCGACGAGCUCGCCGACGACGGAGUCGUCAUCGGUAUCGUGAGGCAAUUUCCAUUUACGUCGAGCUUGCAGCGUAUGAGCGUCAUCACGAGGACGCUCGGAGCCGAUCAUUAUGAUCUCUACUGCAAAGGAAGUCCUGAAAUGAUUCUCAGCCUGUCGAAGCCCGAAUCAGUACCCCAUGAUUUUAACAGCGUUCUGCAAGAAUACACCUCGGAAGGCUACCGGGUCAUCGCAUUGGCCUACAAAUCCUUGAAACGCCUGCCCUACGCCAAGGUCCAGCGCAUAACGCGCGAGACUGCCGAGACCGAGCUGAACUUUUUGGGCUUCGUGAUAUUGGAAAAUCGGUUGAAACCGGAGACGAUGCCGGUGAUCGCUGCCCUCAAUGAGGCCGCGAUCAAAGUCGUCAUGGUCACCGGCGACAAUAUGCUCACGGCCCUGUCGGUCGCUCGGGACUGCGACAUCGUCAAGCCCGGCGUGCCUGUCAUCGCCGUCACUGCUGUCAGUCAGCCCAAUCAUGCCAAGCCGACCCUGUACUUCAGCCGGAGUUACACUCAAGGCAGUCAAGGCCAAUCCUCGCCUACGCCGCUGGCCGGCGAAGGUGAUUUCAGCGAGAUUACCGAUAUCAAUAGCGUCGUGAGUCUCGAGACUAUCGAGAGCGGCGGCGUAUACGCCAAUAACAAUCACCGUGCUGGAGCUGUUAUGAAUUACAUUUCCGACGACAUCGAGAAAAAUGGCAAAGUACAAAAGAACUCGAGAAAGAACGAUUACGUGUUUUCCUUGACAGGAAAAACUUGGGCAACGAUUAAACAGUAUUACCCUGAGUUAAUACCAAAGAUAUCGACGCGUGGAACAAUAUUCGCUAGAAUGUCUCCGGAUCAAAAGCAGCAGCUCGUGCAAGAGUUGCAAGCUCUUGGCUACUACGUGGCCAUGGUAGGCGAUGGUGCGAACGACUGCGGAGCUCUUAAAGCCGCCCAUACCGGCAUAUCCUUGUCGGAUACGGAGUCAUCCGUGGCUUCGCCUUUCACGAGUCGCGACACCAACAUCUCCUGCGUCUUGUCAGUCAUACGCGAGGGUCGCGCUGCUCUAGUGACAUCGUUUGGAAUCUUCAAGUACAUGGCUGGAUACUCUUUGAUUCAAUUUGUUUCCGUGCUAUUGCUCUACAGCAUCGGCUCGAACUUGACGGACAUCGAAUUCCUUUACAUCGAUCUGUUUAUUAUCUCAAUUUUUGCCUUCUUCUUUGGAAAGACCAAAGCGUACGAAGGACCUCUGCACAAAAACCCACCAUUGACUAGUUUGAUGAGCGCCACACCGAUUCUCAGUUUGACUUUGCAAAUCGCGUUGGUUGGUAUAUUCCAGUACUUAAGUCUCUUUAGCUUGAGACAAACAGCCGAUUUUAAACCGUUCCAACCUAAAGAACAUGAAGAUAAAGAUGAUGUUGGAUGCAUGGAAAAUUACACAAUUUUUAUCAUGAGUUCGCUACAAUACAUCAUAAUGGCUGUGGUAUUCUCCAAAGGCAGACCUUAUCGUCAACCAAUGUACACUAAUUAUGGAUUACUCGGAUCAUUUAUCGUUUUGACUAUGUUUUCUGCUUACAUCACACUUAUUCCGUUCCAACAACUCGCUGAAUGGUUUGAGCUAGUCUUACCGCCAGAAAUGACUUUCCGUUGCGUCCUUCUGGCUUAUGGACUUGCUAAUUUCGUUUUGGCCAUGGUAGUGGAGUUGUUCGUUGUUGACUAUAUUGUUGUGACGAAACUGAAAAAGAAACUGCACAACGUAGACAAAUCAAGACGAAAAUUUUUGCAGUACGAUCGUGAUAUGAGCUUAAAUACAGAAUGGCCACCACUGACUCAAGAGCCAUUACCUGAAUCUGCCCCUGAUAUUCUUAUCCGACAGAAUCAGGUAACCGAAAUUAAGAUUGAAAAGCGUGAGAGUGUGCCCAGCGAUUACGUAGUAGGCGCUCAGACUACUACCCAUCGUCGUGGCAGCCCGCCUUCAUUACCACCUGACUGUAUGUUACCAUUCAAAAAUUUCGAACGUAAUUUUGGCUCAACUCGAGAAGUACCCUUGAAUCCACGCUCAUUGUGUGAAGAUCCUCGUAACUCCGUCUCCAUGAAGACGGUCUUGAAUUUUCAGGACGAUAAGUUGUGUAUAAUGGCGAACGACAAACCAAGACUCAACUUCGAAUCGACGCAAGAUAUCGAUUGCGUCGACAAAAUCAACCGCAUUAAAGAAACUAAUUUAGUAGCGACUUUACCCAGACAUUCGGCUGCCGUUAACGCGAUUGGUAUCGAAGAGAAAAAAGAAAGAAUUGGCACUAUGACGCAAAGUGUAUUGGAACUCGACGUACUACCGUCUUGAGAUGAGGCAACUGUCGCUCAGCUGAUUCUCACUUCAAAACUGAGAAUUGGCAGCGGCGGUGCUAUCGAUAAGUUAAAACAAUUGUUCUUUUCUAUUUUAAAAUUCUCCGUUUAAGAGGACCAAGAUGUGUUUUCUAUUUAAAAUUGUACAUAAAUGUUAAGUUUUGAGGGUUCCAAGUGAUUUUACAAAUAAUUUUGUUGAUGUAUUUGAGUUUUUAUGUUGAGGAAAGUAUACUUUCAUUUUGAAAAUUACUAUUUUUAUGCUUUUUGCACGUUCAUGGACAUUAGAAAUGCCAGAUUUAUUAUUAUUAUUUUUUUUCAAUAUCUCCUGAACACACUUGUCAAAGUCAGAAUUAUGCAAUGUAUUAGCUGUGAAAAACUUAGCAGAAAUUUUUUUUAUUAUAAUUAUUUUGUAAUUACAUUUAUGUAUUUAAUUGUAUUAGAUAGAUGAAUAUUAAAAUUUCAUAGGCCAUAAUUGAUUUUCUAGAAAGAACGCGAGAUAUUAUUUUGUAUUAAUUUUACUAUAAGAAUGUAAUUAAACAGUUUCAAAGAAAUAGCUAUUUACGAUUUCAGCAUGAACUUUAUUAGAUAAAACAGAAAUUUUGAUUAAUAAUGACACUGAAUAUGUCCUUAUUAAUAAAACUUUCAGGUCAUGGAAUGAAACAAAAACCUAGAUCAUUGUUUUUGGCGAAAAAUGUUUAAUCGUGCUUAACUUUUGUUACAAAUUCAUGAACUUUAGUUGCAUGAAAUAAUUUAUCUGCACAAUUUGCAAUUAUCGGUGUACUGGUCAAAUUGACCCUGUACUAUGUACUAAAUAAAUGAAGAAUGUAUAGAAGCUUUGUUGUUAUAUUGAAAUAUGCUAUCAUCUUGGAACUUGAAGAUGAUACUUUUAAAAAAAAUACUUGAUUCAAGUAAAUUGAAACUAUAAUUUUAUCUAAUAUCCGUACUAAAGUAUAAUACGAUGACCUAAAUUCGUAAAUAUUAAUGUCAAUGUACUAAUUAUUGUAUGUGUCAUAAAUUUUGUUUCCAAGUGGAAAAUUGAAAUUUGUCAAAAAUCAUUAAUCAUGUAGGUGUAAUUUAUACAGUUGCUCAUUUGAGUUAUUAAAUUAUUCAGUCAAAAUUUAAAUAUUUUUUCAGCAAUCAACUUUAGUAAUUAGAACUUUUACACAUUAAACAAUAUUAUUCAAUUUGAAAAAAUUAAUUAUUAACGUUAAAAAAUUGUUUGUUUUAGAUUUUAAUUAAUUUUUUGAAAUCAAUGUUUUAAAAAGACAAUGUUUGUUUUGAAUUAAUAAAUACUUAGAAUAAAACACAGAAAUAUCGAAAUCAAUGUAUUUUUUUUUUAAAUUGUUGAUUAUGUGCUAAAAACAUUAUUUCAUUUUUUGAGUAACAUCUCCACGUUUUUACUGUAACAUAUGAACCAAAAAUAAAUUGUAACUCGUAAAACGAUUGGUCCUCUUAGAACAACUUUUUCUUUAUUGUUGUUACUGUUAUUAUUGUCGAGUGAUCGUUGCCUCGUCACACUCAGAGCCAGUGUACAUAUGUAUACCUGUGUAAUAUAUCAAACUAAUCAUUUUGCCAUGAUACAUAUUUUACAAAUAUUUAUUUAUAACUUUUUGUUACUUUUCUUCGCUUUUGAAAAAAUGAGUAUUGUUGUUGCAUAUUCUUUUUGUACACGUACAUCGUAAAACUAUUACUUUUAUAAUUGUAUUAAUGCGCUUUUUGAAGAUUAUUCUAUGCAUUCCACUGCAAAUAAUAUUUUUCAAACGAUAAUAGCCAAAUAAUUUUUAAAUGCUUGUCGAAAACUGACCUGCCAGAAAAUAAAUUUCGUUUAAGGCAAUUGUUCAAAGCGUAAGAAAAUCUACAAGAAUAUAACGAAACACAAUUGUCGUGGGAAGAGAUAAUGGCUCCCGCAUGCGUCAAAGUAAUUUAUGAUGGAUUACACAGAGUAUUGAUUCUCAUAUUUUUAUGAGAUUGUAUGAAUCAAUUUUAAGAGAAAUUCAUUUUUGUUUCUCGGAGAAGAAAAAUAGUAAAAUGUCUAUCUCAACAUGCAACAAUAAGAGAAAUCGUCUAUUCGCCAAGAAAACCCGAAUUUUUGGCUGAUGUGGUAUGGCUAAUUUUCUUACGAUAAUACCAGUUGUCAUUGAUUAUCCGUGAUCUAAUUUUUCAUUUGCAUUACCAGAUAGACUUUUAGAAUUUGUAUUCGCAUAGUUUUGUGCAAAUGAAAAAAAUUAAGCUUAUCAACAUUUGUAGAUUAUCAGUGCAUGUAAUCGAAUAUUUUUUAUCUCUAAACGUAGUCCAACGGUAAAAACUAUACAUUUUUGUACUUAUGAAGUUCAACGAGAUAAAAAGUGAUAAACAUAUCCGAUUUUUUAUUGAUCGGUGCCAAGUUGUGAUGAGAUGAAGCAAAAAAUUUUCUCAAUUUUUUUUUGAUCUGGGUUCAAAUGAAUGUAACAUUAAUGAAAGAAAGAAAAAGCGAAUCAAGUAUUAAGUGCGAUAAAGCACACGUGAAGAAAUUUACUUAAAUCAAUAUACAUUCUUCAGCUUCUCAUACGUUUUUAUCUACAGUUGAGUGCUCAAAACAAAAAAUAUACUGUUCAAUAUAGUAUUCAAUAAAAUGAUUAAAUUGUCACAAGAAAUUCAAACAGCCAAUAGAAGGUGAGAUGGAGAAAAAUUACAGGAAUAUAAUUAAAACGGACGUUUGAUCGCUGAUCAUUGAAUAAGUUCAACGUGUACGUAUACAUUAUUAGUUAGUAAUUUUAUGUAUAUUAUAAAAAUGAGAACAAUCGAUUGUGUGAUACAAUUUUUAAUGUAUUCAAAAUAAAGAGUUAUUAAUAAUCGGCGAUUGCGUGACGGAAUUGUGUAAUAAAAGGAUUUAUGAGUUA